GAUUAUACUCAUAAACAAAUUCGUCAACGUUGGAAAAAUCAUCUAGACCCUAAACACGACAAUGAAAGAAAAUUCAUUGUUAAAUGGGUUAUAGAAAAUAAAGGACCGAAUGGUGAAAUUAGUUUUGUAAAUUUAAUUCCCGUGAUGGAAAAUAGGUUUGGUAAAUCACACUCCGAGAACAAACUCAAGAAUUUUUGGAAAUCCAGAGAAAGAAGUAGAAAUGCUAAAUCAAGACAACGAGGCGAAGGAUCUAAGCUUCGUUUUGAUGAAGAGAAAUCUAAAACUAUGUCAACUCUCUCUCCUAUGGCUAGUCCAACUAUUACACAUUUUAUUUCUUUAAGGAAA